AUCGUCAUCAUCGUAAAUAAAUCAACACACCCACGAUCCUCCUGCUCCUUCGACUACUAUCUACUAUAUCAUUAUUGUAUAUUACUUGCUCUUUAACAUCUAUCUGUCCACCUCCUAUUAAGCUGCUUCUUGAUCGAUUAAAAAAAAGUCUACGCACAGUUUAAGUUUUAAGCCUACUUGGUUCUCUUUUUUGAUCGAAAUAAUUCAAGGGUUUGAUAGGUUUUGUGUGAUUGUGUAUGGCUUUAAGUUAUCGGGGAAGGCCAAGUACGGGGUUGGACUACUUGAAUUCUGAUACAACACUCACUAAGCUGUUUGUGGGUGGUCUUGCUUGGGAGACUCAGAGUCCAACUCUACACUCUUACUUUCGACAGUUUGGGGAGAUUCUUGAAGCUGUUGUGAUCACAGAUAAGAAUACUGGGAGAUCCAAGGGCUAUGGCUUUGUGACUUUCCGGGACCCAGAAUCUGCUAAGAGAGCAUGUGCUGAUCCAAGUCCAAUUAUUGAUGGUAGACGGGCAAACUGUAAUUUGGCUGCACUUGGACGACCUCCCCCUGCUUUUCCUAUUGGACAUAAUAGAUUACCGUCACCUUAUUAUGGAGGUAUGCCUUCUCGUGGAGCAUAUAUUGGAAAUUUUGGCUACCAACAGCCAUAUUCAUAUGGCCUUCAGCAAGGGCUCAUAUAUCCGCAACAUGGUUUUGGCACUUAUGGUUCAGAAAACGUCUAUCCACAGGGUGCUUACAACCCUUAUGCUGGUCAGCAGUACCUUCCAAUAUAUGGGGUACCUGGAACAGUUAAUACGGCUAUGUAUCCUUACAAUGUUGGUCAAAAUGUUCCAAGUGGCCAGGGUUAUACAACAUUGCAGGGUUAUGCAUUGCCUGGUCACCAAAUUAUGCAGUUUGGUGUACCCACUGUCAAUUCAAUCACCACACCAGCUCUUCAAACACUUCAAUCUCCAUAUCCUGCAGGUGUAGUUUCACCCAUGCCAGCACGACCGCAGUUAAUAAUACCAGUCCAUUCUCCUCAAAUCAUACAAAGUGGCAGUUCUGACCAAAAUACUGGUUGAGGAGAUUCUAAGGUUUCCAUAAAUUGCAGCAUGAUUAAGAACAGCGUACUGCUACUAGUGACGGACUUCAAAUCUUGCCUUGCAAACUAUUUAUUUUUCAUUACAAAGGUCAAAAUGCCAAAAUUACGUCUUGUUUUUUUAUGGUGGAGUUCAUAUAAUUGCAAACAUGUCCCGUCAAAUUGCUCAUCUCAACUGUCACAUUCUACUGGUUGUCUGGCUGGCCGGUAAAUCAUCACGAAUCAAAGGCCAGGGGAUGGUAGAACAGGUUUCUGGCUCCUGUACAGAGAAGAUAGGAUCAACAUAUGAUUAUUUUGUGACAUACCUAGCAUUUGGGUGUGAAAUGUCUGGUUCAUUCUUGCAUGUCAUUUUAGAGUAUUGUCCAUAGCCAUAGGGGAAUAUACAAUUUCGUAACUGGUAGUGUCAUUAAAACACAUUCAGCAUUUAGAAGUUAGAUGUUUGCAUUCAGAGCCUAAACCAGGCCUAGAAGUCGGAAAAUAUGUGAAUAAGGAUUUUCCUGUCCACUCUGAACUGUGAAUAUGUUGUUUAG